UUAUAACUACCAAGCGCCAAAAUUUCAUCAGUUUUCAAUUUCCCACUCUUCAUUUCAUCUUCGUGAUUCGAAGAAAGCAAAACAAAAGCGGUGGGAACCAAAAUGUCAGAUUCACAGUCGAAUUCAGAGAUUUUCAGCGUUCGCAUCGUCUCCAUCGACUACUACAUGGCACCGCCGAUCCUCGCCGCUGAUAUCUGUUACAGCAGCUUCCACGGUGGAAAAGUGAAUGAAGUUCCUGUGAUACGAGUGUAUGGUUCAACUCCUUCUGGCCAGAAAACUUGCUUGCACAUACAUAGAGCUUUGCCUUAUUUGUUUGUGCCGUGUUCAGAUAUACCGCUUCCACCAGACCUACAAGGUGAUGUGUACACCUAUAAAGUAGCUGCUUCUCUCGAGAAAGCUUUGAAGCUUAAAGGCAGUGCUGGAUCAAUGAGACAACAUGUACAUGGCUGCAGUCUUGUACGAGCAAAGAAAUUUUAUGGCUAUCAUUCAGUUGAAGAAUUAUUCGUGAAGAUGUACCUAUAUUAUCCUCAAGAUGUCUCCCGUGCAGCUAAUCUUCUCUUGGCUGGUGCUGUUUUUGAUAAAAGUGUACAGCCUCAUGAAUCACAUAUUCCUUUUAUUCUUCAGUUUCUGGUCGACUACAACUUGUAUGGCAUGGGUCAUUUGCACCUGUCAAAGAUUAGGUUCCGCCAUCCCAUACCUGACUCCUCUCGCAAGAAAUUCAACACUGAUAGCCAGCAUAGAAAGGCAGAUUCGGAUGCCAUUGCAUGUUUAGAGUCAAAAUUGUGGAUUUCAUCCAUGAUCCCAUUGGACUGGAUGUGGUCACCUCCUAGUGAAUUUGAUGCUUCAUCAAAUGAUAAGGCUCAUUGUCCAAAACGUCAAAGCAUCUGUGAGCUUGAAGGAGAUACUUCUGUAGAUGGUUUGUCUGGUUUCUUGGCCAUACUGACACACACACAGAUUCUUAAUCAGCAGUUUAAAAUGUACUCAUCUCUCUCUCAAACACGCUCAGAUGUCAACAUGGUUCAGUCACUUGUACCAAUAUGGGAGGAACUGCAGAAACGGACUGGGAUCCAUGGCGCUAUUAUGCCUCCUGAUCCUGGCAAACCACAUCCAGAAGAUGUCAUGAAACUUCUUUCUGUUGGUCUUGACCUUGAUAAAAAACUUUUUGAAUUGUGCAGUGAAGCUGAAACCUCUUUAUUUUGUACUCCUUCUGACAAAUUUAGAGAAACAGACAUAAUAGGCUCAGCAUCACCACCAGCUUCAUUGUGUAAAAAUGCCAAGUUUCGUGAGGAAGGGAUUGACAGUAGUCUCAAAUUGUUGACUGUUGAUGAAAUGCAAUCCUCUGAGAAGAUUGGAACAUUGGACGUAAAGGUUGCUGAUAAAGAUGCACAAAAUCUUCUUAAGUGGCUUGCAACUUCUCAAGCUGCAGAAGAUAUAAACUCUGAUGAUGAACUUGUUUGUGAAACGAUCUUGAGUCCCUUGCUACCUGCUGCAACAAUUGAUGAAGUGCUAGAGAAAGCUAGUAUGACAUAUGAGAGUGAGUCCCAAAAGGAAUGUCAGGAUAUACUUGAUUCAGUUGAUGAUAUGCUUGAGUUGGAACUACCAAAGGAAAAUCCUUCUUGCUCCUCUGAUCACAAUCAUCCUGUUGAAGCUUCAUCAAACAGUAUGAUACCCCAAGUCGAUGGUUCCAAUGAUGAAGAAUUCUCAAGGCCAGGUGCUUCUAGUUUGGCUGGAACCUCUUCUUCUGUAGAUAUAAACAGUGAGAACAAAAGGGCUUCUGGGCACCACAACCAUGUGCGGCAUGAUACCGACACAAGUAAUGUUAGUAAAGAUAAAAAGAAUAAACAGUGGGGGUCUUUGCCUUUUACCAUGACCGGUAAGGUUAAUAAUGAUGGAGAACAUGCUAAUUUAUAUGCGACUCAUCCAUUUGAAAGUGAAACUGGAGGUUACGCUCACUCAGAUUACUUAACCAAAAAUGGGGUUAGAAACAAUGCUUGUAUUUUAAGAAAUAUGUCCAAAGGUGCUUCAGAUUCAAAUGAAGAACAUGGAUUGGUUAGUUGUUCUUUGCGGGACCUGAUGAGGCGAAAGCGAUCUUAUCGAGUGGAACAUGAUGAGUGUGAAUCUGGAACUACCAAAAAGCUUCUUUUAGACAGGCACAAGGGAUCAAAUACAUGCCUUUGGAAAAAACAACUGGAUUUGAAAACAAUGGAAACCAAUGAAGAAGAAACAGAACUCCUGAAAAAUUGUGAUCCUAAAGGGAGCAAUCAUAAUAGUUUAGUUUGUUGGAAACUGCCGCUUCCAUCUGGCAGUGGUAGUUCUUCACAGGCUAGUAUGUCAAAAGAUGAAUGUUCUGAUCAGCAUGAAAUGAAGUGUCUAGAAGCAAGUAUGGUGUUUAGGAACGCCACAAAUGAGGCUUCUUCUUUGAUGCCUGGAGGACUAGAUUUCCAUAAUCUUGAAAAUUUUAAUUUUAUUGACUCCAGUUCCAUCGACCAAUCUGUAGCUUGCUGUGGUAAAAACGUUGGCAAUGCUUAUGCAAAACCUGUAGCUUCUGAUGCCAAUACCCCAAAUCCCAUUAUACCCACUCAGUUGAAAACAGAUGAUCCAAGGAGGUCUCAGCAAACUGUUUAUGCUGCUUCAAGUAGUGUCCAGAGCUACUCCAUUGAUGAUAAAGUUUCUGCCAAAGAUAAUUGCAUGGAUCAAAGUUCUUAUGGAAGCAUGUGUUUUGUAAAACAUGAUCAGACGAAUUUUUAUGAGCAUGCUGUGGGCAUAAGUGCUGCAAGUGACAUGCAGGUGUUGCAAAGUGAAAAGGUUGAUAAUCAAAAGCUUGGCAAAAAAUUGUCGCCUGAGACUAUUGGUUCAGACCCCAUUGUUCAUGACUUGUCCAUUGUUCAUGACUUGAAGGGUAAUCAUGUGAAAUUAAUUGAAAUAACCAGAGGCAAUAACCCUUUGGCUGACAGUAACCUUGAAAGUAACAUGUCAUUGCCAGCUGUCUUUAAUACCCAUUUACAUUUGGAUGAGGACAGCUGUCAUGAAAUGCCAGGGAAUGCUCUGGAUGUUUUUCUUCCUAUUUCUGCAAGGGAUUCCCAGGAAGAGAUUGAAACUCAGAACAAAUAUGUUACAAUUAAAACCAACAGAUCUAAUGGGACAAGGGGUGUUGCUACCCACUAUCAAAAUGAUGGCUCUCCCUUAUACCUACUAACACCAAAUAUUCUGCCUCCUUCCGUAGGUUCUGUGCAAAGAUGGCUACUUUGUGAUGAGAGAGAUGACAAGGAUAAACCUCAAUGUGCAUCUGGACAUCUUAUUGGACCUAAGCUGAAUCAAGAUGCUGGUGCUGAAAAGAAGCCUCUAUGCAUUAACGAAGGACAAACAGAAAGAGUAAAAGCAUGCCUAAAUGACUCACAAGAUAUUUCUCAAAUAUCAGGCCCUGAUGGAAAAUCAAGUUCAACCCCUUUGAGUCAAAAAGGUUUCCGAGACCCUGCAAGUAUUGGCUGUGGACAGCAAUUGACAUUACUUAGUAUAGAGGUUCUUGCUGAAUCUAGAGGAGACCUUUUACCUAAUCCUCAAUUUGAUGGUGUCAACAUCAUAGCUCUUGGUUUUCAGAAUGAUAGCGAUUCUGUUAUUGGAGUUGUUGUUCUUUUGCAUACUAAAUCUGUACCUUUUCAGAGAAGUUUGGAUGGUCUAUCAGGCUGCAAAAUAUUGAUCUUCACUAAUGAGAAGCACUUGUUUAAAGAAUUUAUAAAGAUUGUGUCUUCAUCCGACCCAGAUAUUUUGAUUGGUUGGGAUAUUCAAGGAAGCUCUCUUGGUUUUCUAGCAGAAAGGGCUUCACAUCUUGGUUUAGGAUUACUUAAUAGUUUGUCUCGCACUCCAACUGAUUCUUGUAUUACUUCUGAAGAUAUCAAAACUUCUGAAAAGGGUAUGCUGGAACUAGAUUUCCCUGAUACCCCUAGUGUAGAUUGUGGCGUGCAAGAAAUUUCAAUAAUUGAGGAUGAAUGGGGACGGACACAUGCAAGUGGAGUUCAUGUAGGGGGAAGAAUCGUCCUUAAUGUGUGGCGAUUGGUCCGCGGAGAGGUUAAGCUAAAUUUAUAUUCAGUUGAAGCCGUAGCUGAAGCUGUAUUAAGGCGGAAAAUUCCUUUAAUUCACCAUAAGGUGCUGACAAAAUGGUAUUCAAGUGGUCCUGGACGAGCAAGAUAUCAGUGUAUCAAAUAUGUUGUAGAGAGAGCAAAGCUGAACCUUGAGAUAUUAAACCAACUUGAUAUGGUGAAUCGAACAUCAGAACUUGCUCGUGUCUUUGGCAUAGAUUUUUUUUCUGUUCUCUCACGAGGCUCCCAAUACCGUGUUGAGUCCAUGUUUUUGAGGCUGGCCCAUUCACAAAACUACCUUGCUAUCUCACCUGGAAAUCAACAGGUUGCUUCUCAACCUGCCAUGGAAUGCCUGCCCCUAGUUAUGGAACCAGAGUCAGGAUUUUAUUCAGAUCCAGUUGUUGUACUUGACUUCCAAUCUUUAUACCCAUCAAUGAUAAUUGCAUACAACCUUUGCUUUUGUACAUGUCUUGGCAAAGUCAUGACAUCAAAGGCUAAUACACUUGGGGUUAGUUCAUUUUCACCAGAGCAACAUGUUCUGCAGGAUUUAAAAGAUCAAAUCUUGCUCACCCCAAAUGGUGUUAUGUUUGUACCUAACAAGGUUCGAAGAGGUGUAUUGCCCCGCUUAUUGGAAGAAAUCUUAUCAACUAGAAUAAUGGUAAAACAAGCAAUGAAAAAGUUGUCUUCGUCUGAGCAAGUUCUUCAGCGGAUAUUUAAUGCAAGACAGCUUGCUUUGAAGCUCAUAUCAAAUGUAACAUAUGGUUACACUGCUGCUGGAUUUAGUGGCCGCAUGCCUUGUGCAGAACUUGCGGAUAGUAUUGUUCAAUGUGGCCGCAGAACACUCGAAAGGGCUAUAUCAUUUGUAAAUCUGCAUGAAAAGUGGAAUGCUAAAGUUAUUUAUGGAGAUACUGAUAGUAUGUUUGUCCUUCUUAAAGGUCGCACUAUCAAAGAGUCCUUCCAAAUUGGGGGUGAGAUUGCUUCUGCUAUCACUUCUAUGAAUCCUAAUCCUGUCACCCUGAAGAUGGAGAAAGUUUACCAUGGAUGUUUCCUCCUUACUAAAAAGCGAUACGUUGGGUACAGUUAUGAAAGCCCUGAUCAAAUUGAACCUGUUUUUGAUGCUAAAGGUAUUGAGACAGUACGCAGGGACACAUGUGGUGCAGUUGCAAAGACACUGGAGCAGUCUUUGAGACUCUUUUUUGAGCAUCAAGAUUUAUUGGAGGUGAAGACUUACUUGCAACGUCAGUGGAAGAGGAUUCUUUCAGGCAGAUUCUCCCUCAAAGAUUUUAUCUUUGCAAAGGAGGUUCGCUUGGGUACCUACAGGGCAAGGAUCUCAUCACUUCCUCCUGCUGCAAUUGUGGCUACUAAGGCAAUGAGGGUUGAUCCUAGGGCAGAACCACGUUAUGGUGAGAGAAUACCUUACGUUGUAAUCCAUGGAGAGCCUGGAGCCCGCCUGGUUGAUAUGGUUGUGGAUCCAUUGGAAGUUUUGGCAAUUGAUUCCCCAUUUAGGAUGAAUGAUUUAUAUUACAUUAAUAAACAAAUAAUACCGGCUUUACAACGGGUGUUUGGGCUUGUUGGUGCUGACCUGAACCUGUGGUUCGCAGAGAUGCCCCGCCCCAUAAGGGAAGCUUCUGCAAAGCAUACUUUCACUCCAAAUUCUCAUCGAACCAGAAUUGAUUAUUACUAUCUCUCAAAACAUUGUGUACUGUGUGGUGCGUUGGUCCAGGCAUCAACCCAUUUAUGUAAUCAAUGUUCUGAAAAUAAAGUUGCAGCUGUGACAGCAGUUGUUUGUAAGACUUCAAAGUUAGAGCAAGAGAUGCAACAUCUUGUUUCUAUAUGUCACCAUUGUGGAGGCGGGGAUAGGCUUCUCGAAAGUAGUGUGAAGUGCACGUCCAUUUCAUGCUUGGUGUUCUAUGAGAGGCGAAAAGUUCAGAAAGAACUACUAGCUGCCACUCAUGCUGCUGGUAAAGGCUUCUAUCCGAGAUGCACGGUUGAAUGGUUUUGACUUCUGAAAGCCGGUUCUCCUUCACAUUGUAACAUAUUAUUUACGCAAAAUAGUAUAAAGUAUCUUCAUAUGGCGUUGAGCCAAAUCAAAUCUGUAUGUAUAUUUUUGUCCUGUUGUAAUUGUAAUUAAUCACGUAUAAAAGCUAAGUUAAUCCAAGCAAGUGUGCUUUUCUCUUA